AGUGUCAACUUUUCCUGCAUAAAUAUGUUCCACUUCUUUUGCAAAUAGCACCACUAAAAGAUUUGAUUGAGCUGUUGGGAAGAGAAAAGUUCACCAUGUUGAACAACGAUACCAGAUCAAUUCAGCUGAAGAAAUCCACAACAAUGGAUUUCAAAAACCCUCCUCAAUCUACACUUGAUUCAUCUGCAAAACCACUGCCACGAAGAUCAGCUUCAUUUGCCUCAACAAGAUCUACUCAGUCUGAAUUCCCAACGUCUCCACAACUCUUCCUGGGAGACAAAAUCUUUCAUUCUAAUCACCCAAAACAUCACUUAGUAGAAGUUGACUCCCCCUAUCUCUUCAAAUGUGGAGGCUGCAAGGAAUAUGGCUCAGGCAAGAGGCUUUCUUGCCAACAAUGUGAUUUUCAUCUGCACCGCUUUUGUGCCUUCGCCCCUCUAUCUCUUCUCGGCCAUCCCUUCCACAUCCACCACCAGCUCGUCUUCCAAACAAAACCAGGAGGGAUUCGAAAAUCAAAGUGUGAUGCUUGUAGCAAAACCAUCAAAGGUUACAAUUUUCGGUGCGGCGCAUGUAGCUUCGAAAUCCAUCCUUGCUGUGCUAAGCUCUCGAACGAAAUGAACUUCAGUUCCCUUCAUCAGCAUACUUUAAAAAUUUUACCGGUGACACCCUCAACAAAUAAUGGCGACCAACCCGGGUUUGUUUGCUGCGAGUGCAGGAGGAAGCGAUCAGGCAGAGUGUACCGAUGCUCAGUUGCAGCUUGCGAUUACCAUCUCCAUGUAGUUUGUGCUAAGGACAUGGUGAACGGGCUCCAUGCAAAUAAUAUAAAGCAUGUAGAUAAACCAAACAGGCUUGGAGCUGCAGCGAGGGCUGCUCAACAAGUGUUCGUGGAUUUCCUUGGAGGGUUGAUUGAAGGAAUUGGAGAAACUGUUGGUGAAGCCAUUGUUACAAAUAUGACAAGAGGAAGAAACAAUAAUAAUGCUAACAGUUAGACUGAUGGAUCAAGCCAAUAAGAUGAUACAUCUAUGAUUAUUUUAUAUAUAUGUAUGCUGAUGGUGAAAUUGAGUUCUGAUUAAGAGUCCAAGGUCUGCUGUACAUAUAUGAUAUAUGUUGUAGUAGCUUACCAGCUCUGUUGUACAUAUAUGAAGCUGUAUUCGUUUUACAGUCCA